GCACUCUCGCUUCUGAGCUGUUUGAGACUGGUUGAGUAGAGUCUUUAAGAUGAAUUGGUUGAGAACAAACGGAAUUGGAGCCAAGAAAAGGCAGAGGAACGUCAAAGAGAAUGGCGAGGUUGUUCUAAAGGAGCUCAUUGAGUGUUGUGAUGGAAAAUGUAAUCCUAUCAAGAACUUCUCUUCUGAUCAGAUCAUCAAAGCAACGAAUAACUUCUCCCAAAGUAACCGUGCUUCCCGCAUUGACAUCUAUUACCGUUGCUAUAAAGGUAUCCUCGAUGACCGUCCUGUGCUCAUCAAGAAAGGGAAAUACAAUCUUGAUAAGAAAGAGAUUUGUCGAGACAUAGCGAUAUCAUCAAUGGUGAGUGGUCACAAGAACUUCCUUAAGUUGUUGGGAUGUUGUCUUGAGUUCACUCCUCCUGUCUUAGUUUUUGAGUAUGCAGAGAUUAUAACUCUUGGUCCACUAGCGGCAUCUAACCCGAGUAACAUGACGAGGAUAAAGAUAGCAAGAGAGGUCGCAAACGCUUUGACUUACCUUCACACUGCAUUCUCAAGAGCUUUCAUCCACUCGAGUCUAGAUCCUUUCACCGUUUACUUAGAUGGAAAUGGAAUCGCAAAGCUUGGGAAUUUCUGUUACUGUGUCUAUAUUCCCGAAGGAGAGGAGUUUAUUCAUGAUGAUUCAUUGAAGAAGUACCAUGAGUUUAGGACCAGCACCUUAAAGCAAGCACAUGGACUUGGUGUGUGUUACUUACCUGUCAUUGAUCCUGAAUACAAGGCAACCGGUAAGGUCACCACAAAGACGGAUAUGCAUAGCUUUGGAGCCUUCAUGCUAGCUCUUGUCCAGGUAAAGGAAGUAGAUGAUGAGCUAUCUUUGUCCUCGGAUAUGCUGAGAGCAUUGGCUGAGUUAUUCAUUAAACCUCAUGAUGAUGCUUGUUUCCCUCUUCACCUUCAUGUUUCCAAGGUGCUAAGGAAGUUUGGGUAUGCAGAGGUUAUGGAUUCAGAUGUUAGCAAUGUGGUUGUUUCACCGGUGAAAGAGUUUUUUAGAUUAGCGUUGAGAUGCAUAGGAUGCAGUUUAGGAGUAGACCCAUUGACUAGCAUGAUUCAGGUGGCUAAAUACCUCAGAGCAAUUGAGAAAUCUGCAUAUGGGGAUCACUGGUGAAUGCUCAUUUUGGAAUUGUGUCUGAAACAGCAGAGUUCUGGUUUUUUCUUAAGAGACAAGGUUUACUACAGAAAGAGAAUCUCAGAUGUACUUAAUAUCUCACGAAAGGUUAUAUUUCUGGAUGAUAGUUAAGUGCCAUUAUCUCUGAUUUACAACUGGUCAUAUUAUAUGUAUACAUACGCUUCUAUGAUCUAUUAAAC